AUGGGCAGCGCCAGCCCCAGCGCCGCGCCCCCCGGCUGCCUGCUGCUGCCCCCCGACGGCCUGGAGAAGGGGGCCGCGCCCGAGAGACGGGCCUGGAGCCCCCGCCGCCCGGCCACCCCCGACCAGGGCCUGUCCGCCUUCUACCUCUCCUACUUCGACAUGCUCUACCCCGAGGACGGCACCUGGGCCGCCAAAGGACCCGCGGCCGGCGCUCGCGAGGAGCCGCCCGAGGAGCCCGAGCAGUGCCCCGUCAUCGACAGCCAGGCGCCGGGGGGCGGCCUGGACCUGGGGCCGGGGGCGCUGGCCCUGGAGGAGCACUCGCUGGAGCAGGUGCAGUCCAUGGUGGUGGGCGAGGUGCUCAAGGACAUCGAGACGGCCUGCAGGCUGCUCAGCAUCACCGCAGACCCUGUGGGCUGGAGCCCCGGCAACGUGCAGAAGUGGCUGCUGUGGACCGAGCACCAGUACCGCCUGCCCCCCGUGGGCAGGGCCUUCCAGGACCUGGGCGGCAAGGAGCUGUGCGCCCUGUCGGAGGAGCAGUUCCGCCAGCGCUCCCCCCUGGGCGGGGACGUGCUGCACGCCCACCUGGACAUCUGGAAGUCAGCGGCCUGGAUGAAAGAGAGGACCUCYCCGGGCGCCGUUCACUGCUGCGCCUCCAACAGCGAGGAGAGCUGGACCGACAGCGAGGUGGACUCGUCCUGCUCCGGACAGCCCAUCCACCUGUGGCAGUUCCUCAAGGAGCUGCUGCUCAAGCCCCACAGCUACGGUCGCUUCAUCCGGUGGCUCAACAAGGAGAAGGGCAUCUUCAAAAUCGAGGACUCUGCCCAGGUGGCCCGGCUGUGGGGCAUCCGCAAGAACCGGCCGGCCAUGAACUACGACAAGCUGAGCCGCUCCAUCCGCCAGUAUUACAAGAAGGGCAUCAUCCGCAAGCCCGACGUCUCCCAGCGCCUCGUCUACCAGUUUGUGCACCCCAUCUGA